UUAUAAAGCACAAUGCACCUGUGGGUAAAGGCAGGGAGUGCGUCGCGACGGCAAUCCGACGAAGGCGCCAAGCCAGUGUUUCUCAUUCCCCCCGGGAGCCAAGCGGUUUCGAGACUUUCCGGACACCCCAGCGAUGGCAGACGCCAAGCUUUCUGGGACCAGGAACCUAGGAUCUUAGGCAGGCUGCAUCGUGACAGAACGGCAGGAGACUCGGAUGCAGCGGAUAAGGUGUGUGGCUCCAGGAUUCCAAAACGCGGUGCAGGGCAGGGGAGGGAGAGAAAGAGAGCGUGUUAAGGCGGGGGAUGUCAGAAUCGUCUGACAGAGAUUUGGAACAGAGGGGGAUGCGAUGGAACGUGGGAACCCGUACCUUGCAGAGUCCACCUCUACCUGACAGUUGGAAAAAUGAACUUUCAUGGUUGGGAUGGCAUGCAGGGGCCUUCGAGAGUUUGAGGAUAGGGAACGGGGCCGCCGAUGCACGCCAUGGAAGUGGAAGCCUCUCACUGAUGACACUGCUAGCAGUGGCAGGAUGUGGAUGCUGUAGGGCAGGUGCGAUGGACAAAAAAGGAAACUCUCCACUCCUGGCCUGGCAGAAGCGAUCAGGCACCGCGAUGUCAUUGGAGGACGGAGUGGGCUGGCAGUUUGAAUGCUUAACUUUAAUCCAACCAGCUGAUAAUUCCCAUAGGCCCUUUCGAUGGCCAGCGAGGCGCCCAGUUGGAGACGUCGGUCGUAAAGUUGGGCAUAACAGAAUUGACCGCCAACCGUAUGACCAAUGCAAUACCGUAGACCGACUCUCUGGAGGGAGUGGCAGAACCGACUGUUCCUGCUGUGUUGCCGUACCGCGAAAACCCAGCGUCAACUAGAUCAGUAGACUGCCGUGCACUGGGAUCUUUGGACUGAAGUUGAUGCCGCUCCUGUGCCAGACGCCAGCGGUUGUCCUUGCUCGUCUGAAACCUGGCGAAUCAGCUACCCCUGCUCACGGCGAUCGGGCAGCUUGUGUCUCGG